AUGAAAACGCAUCAAAGAAUACUUCUUGACAGCAUCUUAUUCUUUAUACUUUUGUUAAAUAUCAUGAAAGUAACUACUGGAUUAACAUAUGUUAAUUCUAUUAUAUCUGGAAUACAACAUUGGACUAUUUCAAAAUCUCCGUAUAUAAUACAACACAAUGAUCUGUUCAUACAUAGAGAAGCUAAACUUAUCAUUGAUCCUGGAGUACAUAUUCUAGUCGGUGCUGGAUUAUCUAUUAAAGUUAAGGGAAUUUUAUAUGCAAAAGGAACUUCAGAUCAAAGAAUUGUAUUCACAAAAUUGUAUCCAGUAACUACAAAUUUUUCAUUCCCUCAAAAGUAUUUUCAUGAUACAACAAUGUCAUCCAGUGUUAAUACCUCAUCACCUAAUCAACCUCAUGAAAAGAUUAGACUAGUAAAUGGUAGAAGUUUGAGUCAAGGUGAAUUACAAUUAUGGCUAGCUAAUCAAUGGAGAUCUGUGUGUAGUCAAAAUAAUCAAUGGAGUAAAGCAGAUUCUCGUCUACUUUGUCAACAAAUUGGUUAUGCUGAUGGAAAUUUCUCCCUUAGUCCGCAGUCUGUAAAUCGAACAUCAUAUGUAAAAAUUCUUAAUCCCAACUGUUCAGGCAAUGAAUUAGAUACUGAUAUGGGAGUGUUUUCUUGUCGUGGUCUCAGGGGAAAUAUUAUUCAUGGAAAAAAUGUUUGCUAUUUACAGGACUUGGUCAAUUUAAACUGUUGGGGUGUGAAUAGUAGACGUUUUGUGGGAUUCUGGAAAGGAAUUGAAAUUUUCAAUGAUACACAUAAAGAAAUAAGUAUUCCUGAAGAAUGGGGUGGAAGUCAAGGGAAUACGCGUUUAAAUGUUUCUGCUUCUAUUUUUGAAUAUGUAGAUAUCCAAUUUGCAGGUGUAAAUCAGUCGCAUUAUCAUUCAGCCGCACUCAGUUCGAGUCCUUAUCCACCAGUAUUAAACAAUGUUCGCCUAGCACAUAAUGCCUAUCAUGCAAUAGAAUUUAGUAAAAUUCGUGGUCCAGCAAUACUUCAAAAUGUUACAACAAAUUAUAAUCAUGGACAUGGAAUAAAAAUCUCCUCAGUGAUGGGUUACGUCAGACUGAGAAAUGUUAUUUCUCAAAAAAAUUCUGGCAGUGGAAUAAAUAUUCGAUUAUUAAGCGGUUCACAUUAUCAUUGGCCUGAAGAAACCCUAGAAUUAACUCACAGAGCAUAUUGGGUUUGUCGACUUGGUUCAAUACCAGCUAGUCCAGUAUUUCCAUUUCUAAUAGUUGCUGAACUGCCUGGGCCAACAUUCAAAACAGAUGGGAUGUGUGAAUUUCAUGUUGCUUCAGAUCAAACAAAUCAAGUAAUAACAGUUACUCUACUUGAGGUUUUACAUGAUCCAGUAGCUUCUGGAAGAAUAGAAAUAUGGGAUACAUUUACAAUGAGUAGAAUUGCCAAUUGGUUAUUAGAUAACCAUACAGUUGUAAACAAUUAUUUCAAAAAGAACGAUAAUAACAGUAAUCAUGAAAUUUCAAAGAAUGUCAAAUUAGGUCAACGCAUAGGCUGUGUGUACCAGGGGUUUCUUCAAGUUGUCUGUUCACAAUUCACCCCAUGUAUCCGUGCUUUACUUCAUAUAUCCGUCGGUCGGACCACAUCAGCUGAAGUUGUUAUCAAAGAUUCUGUUGUCAGUGGAAAUAUUCAACAUGGUCUACACUUACUUGAUCCAUGGACGUAUAUACACCUAGAAAAUAAUACCUUUCAACAAAAUCAGCAUGAAGCGGGUGUGAAAAUUGAAGGUGGAUCAGCAGACAUUUUUGUGAAUAAUAAUAGAUUUAUUGAAAAUCAAGACUGUGGUUUAAAUAUUAGUGUAGCAGGUGGAUUUAAACAAAUUAACAAUUCAUUGUUCAAUAAUAAUUUUGGUCAUGGUUUAAUAGUAUGGAAUUUGAAUCAAACUAAUACGCCAUCACGUCGUUCAAAUGGCCCAUUAAAAACACACGUACAUCUAUCUAAUUUUACAGGGAAUUAUUACGACGCAAUCCGCUUUUAUAAUUCAUGUCUAACUAUGGAGGUUCUAGUGAAUUUUACAUUUUUUAUCAAAAAUCAACGUGAUGCAAUCAGGGUUUAUUCAUGCCUUUGCACAGACGUCAAUACACUAACUAAUUUCACUGUAGCCUUUAGUCAUUUCAUUGCGAAUAAAGGCAAUUCCAUCAAAAUUUCACCAAUAAUUCAUAUGAUUGGAUCAAUUAUUAAUUCCACAUUUGAACAACACCAACACGGGGUAAUAUGGGUUGAUAAUUCUAAUGAUGAUAUACUGAAAUCCCAAUUCUAUCGUCAUUUCCCUGUUGACUAUACAAUUAGUUAUAAUGAAUUUAUGCAUAAUCAAGGUGCAUAUGUGAUUCAUUCACGUUUAACAGAAUCAUCUAAAUUGCAACAUUUAAAUUUGAUGUAUAAUAAAUUUUUAAAUAAUCGUAUUCACAGUAAACAAUCCGUGCUUAAACCGCGUUCAACACAUCCUGGUGUAAUUGUAAUUGGUUCGUCGAAUAUACAUAUCUGUCGGAAUCAUUUGUGGAAUCCUGACUCUGAAAUUGAACUAGCUAGUCAUUUAUCUUCUCCAGAUAAACAGAUAAAUGCCACAUUAAAUUUUUGGGGAAAUUUACAUGAAUGGCGUUUAAAUGACUGGAGUAUGGUACAUGUGGCUGUAUUUAGCAGAAUAUUUGAUCAGAAUCAUCGUUAUACGUUGGCUAGAAUUUCUUAUCAUCCAUUACUGAAAGAUGUAAAUCUUAGAAGUGUAUUUACUACAGCUAAUGAACCACCAUAUGUACCAAGCUUUAUACAGACCUCAUCAAUAAAUGGCAUAGUUUACCUUGGUGGAAGAUUACCAGUGGAACAGAAUAAGCAAGUGAUUUUACCUCCAUUAACUGAUCCAAUGAAUUAUUAUCAUGUUACUAAGGAUAUUUUUAUUCCACCAAUGGGAAGUCUAAUUAUACAUCCUGGUGUUAAAAUACUCUUUGAUAUAGGUGUUGGACUUUUUUCACAGGGUGAGAUAAAACUUGAAGGAAGCUUGACUUCUCCAAUUAUAUUUGAUCUUUACACUCAAGACAAUGAAUCUAACAAGCCAAGCCAUACUAUUUCAAAUCAAAUCGAACUACUCAAUGAUAAUAGCAAUACUAUACGUCUUUCUGGUGGUCACUGGUCAGUAGAUAAUAAUCGUUAUUAUGGACGUUUAGAAGUAUGGAUUACAAGAGUUAAUCAAACUACUGGUUUGGAAUAUGCUAAUUGGGCUGUUGUUUGUGAAGAUGGAUUCAAUGAACAUGCAGCAAUGUUAACUUGUCUGAAUCUAGGUUUGGUUGCACACCCUAAAAGCUGGUUUCCCCCAGACAAUGAACGGAAAGCUGCCAUAAAAAGAGCAAAUGAUUUACUAAAUAGCUCAAUGAUUCAAAUGGAUCGUAUGUCCUAUAUUGAGUGUCAAGGUCAUGAAACUGAUCUAUUCGAAUGUGAAUUUGACAAUGAACCCAUUACCUGUUCGUCGAAUACAUGUUUCAAUUCAAUGGAUUUAGUAAUUCAAUGUCAUCGUCCCGGAUGGACUGGAAUACGUGUUACAGCUUCAGAUCCUGGAUCUCGAUCAAUUAUUUCACAUAUUCACAUAAAUCAUGCUGGUCUAUUGGAUUAUGCAAGUUUAGAAUUUAUGCCAAGUUUACAGUUGGACUAUUUUGGUGGAACUAUAGCAAAUUUGAAUAUUACCAACAGUUUAUCUGAUGGCCUUGUUGUUCGCCACAGUGACCCAUUAAAUGGUGUAACAGUGACUCAUAGUCAAUUUAUCAAUAAUUUCGGUUCAGGCAUAUUAACGCAUACUCCAUGGUUCAAUAUAAUCAACUGCCAAGUGACAGGCAGUCAAACAGAUGCUGGAAUUCAUUUCAAUCCAUCAAUGAAAACAAAAGAUCGUAUUUUAUUUCAUGGUGGUAUUGUGCCUACACUGACGUUAUUCAGAAAUUUCCAAGAUGAUAUAAACACUUCUUUUAAUCACAGACUGACAACAGUUAAAUCAUUACCUCAAGGAUGGAAUAUUGUAGAGACUUAUGAGAAACUUCAUCCAACAGGUAUUACAUUUGUUAAUGUACCUGUCGGUAAGAGUAUUGAAAAGACAAUUUAUAGAACUGAGUUAGCAGCCAACGAUGCAUAUCAUCUACAUCAAAUCAUUAUUGAUUUACUGGAAAUUCCACAAGGCAGUAUUCUUCCGACUAGUCAACAACAAGCUGACAGUUAUCCCAAGGCAAUUAUUGGUCCAUCAAUUACUCUGUCGAAUUCAAUUCUUCCAACAAUGGUUGACAAUAAUGACAAUACUUCUAACAGCUUUACAAAACGCACAUUUCUCAAUGAAACAAAAGAAGAACUUAUUAUUUAUGAUUCAGGAUUUUUAAAUUUUAAUCCAUCUCAAGUGUAUAACUGGAGAAUACCAAGAGAUUUGACACAUUUUCCAAUUAUAUCAUCAAAUAACAAAGUGAUUCUUGAAUUACGCGUUAAUGGAUUAAAAUCUGGUCAAUAUUUAUUUGCUAUUCAAACUAGAAAUUUAUUGCCUCAUCAAGAUUAUUCAGAAAGACGGAUAAAUAAUGAACGCCUCCACUACACUUCUGUUUCGGAUAGACCAAAAAUAAACUAUUUGAAUUCACGUUAUCUAACUGGACCAAGUUUCCGUGUGGAAAAUACACUUUUACAAGAUAAUUUAAUCGGUGCUAUUUUAAAUCAUUACAGUGAUCCGUUGGAUAGAUUUGGAAAUCAAUAUUGGCGGCAUAUACAUGAAGAUUUCAGCUUUCAUAAUGUUAAAAUCAGAAGAAAUCACUACACCGGUGUACAAAUCAACUCAAAAACACAAUUCACCCAUGAAUGGUUAUCUCCUCCUGAGAAUGCAGAAUUCAGACAGUCAGCUGAACGUCUCUCAUUUAUCAAUUAUACUAUAACAAAUUGUGAAUUUUCUUAUAAUGCCUAUGGUAGUCUAUUAGUUCAGCAUAAUCCUAUAGAAUUUGCAAAUAACAUUUUAUCUUUCUCAAUAAUAGAUAACAAUUUCUAUCAGAAUGGUUUACUUAAUAAUGAAACAAAUAUGGGCAGACUUCUGAUUUCACCAAUGAUUAUUACACAUGGGUUAAGCAUUCACCUACCCUUUAUCUCAAAUGAUUAUGAUUGGCGUGAUGAGCCUACAGUCUAUUCCCAUCAUCACCAUCACAUUGAACUGUUGGACAAUCAAUUUAAAACAAAUCAUAAUUUCAGUAUUCAAGUCUCCGGUUAUACUGGAAACAUAAAAAUUCAAAAGAAUCAAUUAUUAAAUAAUUUAUGUUCAAAUAUUCAGAUGAACAAUGGUCAAUCAAAUGGUCUGUUACAUUUAUAUGGUAUGGAACGUGAAAUUCUACUCAUAGAUAAUUCUUUUAUUGAAAAUACAAACUGUCAAUACAUCAUUCGAAUACAUGGUGAAAGUCAGCCACCUCAGUCAAUGGUGUAUCAAUCAAUUAUGCAGAGAAAUAUACUUCAUGAUAAUGAAAUAUGUAUGCGGAGAAGAAAUCCAUUUAUGAAUCCAUGGGAAUGUUAUGUGAUUGGUGUUUUUGGUACACAGAAUAUUACACUUCGAUAUAACAGUUUUGAUAAUUGUAAGAUGAAUUCAAAAAUUAUUGAACCAUGUUACGAAUUAACUGCUGGUUUACAGUCAAUACAGAUACCAAGCUUUUUCGAUGCUCAGCACAAUUAUUGGGGUACUACGGAGGUGACAGAGAUUCGUGGACGAAUAUUUGAUUUUGACCAGUGGAAUAGUUUAUCCUUAAUAAACUUUAAUGAAUUUCUUAUCUCAUCUGAUGUCAUGAUACAUCCAACGCCUUCAAAAGUCUUAUCAUCAUCCAAACAAACAGUUGAGCUAAAGAAGAAAGAACUGUUGGAAGGACGAAUAAAGAAGGAUUUAUUUAUUCCACUUCGCAUCCAACCAUAUAAAAUUAUGUCUGACAUAACUGUAAUGCCCGGUGUGACGCUUCAAAUCGAAGCCGGAGUAAGAUUAGAAUUUGCACCUCAUAUAGGCCUGCUGGUUCUUGGUCGAAUAGAAGCCCAUGGAACACCAAAUAACCCAAUAAUCUUCACAAAUUUAAAUAGUGAACAAACUGAUAACAAUAAAUUCACUCCAGUCAAAAAAUCCAAAUAUGUAUCCGUUAAAUUCAAGAAACCCAACAUAGUGAAAAGUGAACAAGUAAUCGAUAAUGAUAUACCGCUAGGCAGGAUCACUUUGUCUACACAAAAUAUUCGAUUAAUAGGAGGUAUACAACCAAACGAGGGUUUUGUCCAGUUCUUUAAUCAUACUACAAAACGUUGGUCUAUCGCUUGUGAUAAUCAGUUCUCUUCACGUGUAGCUCAGGUUAUCUGUUCGGAGUUCAAUAUGCCAACACUGAAUGCAAUUGCACGUUUUUCAAAUCUAUUCGAUUAUUAUGUGUAUGGGUAUGAAAAUUCAUUAAAUAUGAAAUAUAUUUGGAUGGAAAGUUAUACAUGUAAUGGUUUUGAAGAUCAACUUGCCUAUUGUUCUAAACGAUUAAAUUAUGAUGCUGUUAGGUGUUUAAAACGCAAAGAAUUUGUCUUUUUACGUUGUACAUCUCAAAGAAAUCAAACUACAUGGAAAAAUAAACAAAACAUAAGUAGAUCAACAGAUUUGUCUACACUAACCUGGGGUAAUAUUCGUAUUGUUCAAUCAACCUUUGAAGAGUAUAAUAAAGUAUGGAGUGAUAAUGGUGACUCAACACGUUAUGAUAAACAAUCUAUACUAGAGCAUGUACAUAUAGAAAAUGCUGGACUGUUACAUGGUGAACGUGUCCCUGCGCUGAGUGUUGUUAAUGCUUAUCCAAAACUUUCAUUCAUUCGAAUAAACAAUUGUCUUGCCUCUGGUUUUGAAUUUAUUACACCCAAUGGUCCAAUAAAAGUUACUAACAGUACGGUAAAUGGUUGUCUUGGUUAUGGAUUAGGCCUAACUGUGCUAAAUGGUGAUUCUACGGAUCCAGUUACAAUUGGUACAGAAGAUUCUAAAUCAUUCUACAAUAAUCCAUCAAUCUUACCACCAGAACAGAAUUCCUUGCUCCCAUUACCACAACCAUUAUCUGGAGAAUUAUUUCAUAAAAAGAUAGAAGAUGCAUCACGUCAACCAUUAUUUGUUUAUCCAAUUCAAAGUGAAGAAGAACACAACAUAGCAGGUUUAAUUUCAAUGUGUUCCAGUGAGAAAGCCCUCUCUGUACCCGACAGGAUUCUUAUUCAUUUUAAAUACUCAUCGUCAUCAUCAUGGUCUAAUGGUAUACGUACAUGUACAAAAGUAUUUCGUUCGGCAAUACCUGGACGUCGAUUGGCAUGGAGAUUUUUAGCUGUUAAUUUUUAUAAUGACCCGCUGAUUAAGAAUGUUAUACAACUAUACAAUGGAGUAAAUUUUAACAAGAAUCAAAUGAUUGCAGCAUUAACAUCAGAUAUAUUCCUCAAUGAAAAUAUACCAGUUAGCAAAAGAUUUACAUUUAUUACAUCACCGAUUAGUGAUGAGCUUAGUGUCCAUGUACACGCUAGUUCAGCUAGUGACAAAUAUGGAUUUAUUGCUGAAAUUGUUAGUCUACCAUUAUCAACUGGACGUAAACAGCACGAAAUGAAUAGAUUCAUCAGGCACGAAAUAGAUACAUGUGAGUUUCUUAACAAUCAAGGCGGGGGAGUGCAGAUCACUAGCGUCGGUGAAUUUGGACCAGACAUACAUUUAUCAAAUUUACGACUAGAAGAUAAUGGUGUAGUUGUUUUAAACUUAACCGGCCCACCAGCUGUCAAAUUACAUUUGAUGAAUUCACGUAAUUUAGUUCUACAGAAUUCAUAUAUCAGUAGACACUCUGGAGAUGUUGUCUAUAUGGUUCUAUUAGCUAAUCAACUAGCCAAUGGUAUUCGAGCUAACCUGACAAAUAAUGUUAUCGUACGUAAUCAACUGGGUGGUGUUCUACACGCUGAAGGUAAUCCUUUCAAUACACUACAAGUCUUACGUAAUUACAUAGCGCAUAAUGAUUGCGGUUAUCGAACUAUGAUACAUAUUAAUGGUUUGUUAACACAACCAUUUGCUAAUAACUUCCUAUAUGAUAAUCGUGCUGAUAUACUCCUGAUUUGCGAUGGUGUUGAAAAUUUAAAUCAGUAUUCAUUGUAUCAAAAAAAUGGUUUCUAUAAUAAUCAAGCAUUAAAUACAACAAAACGUACAACAAUAUUUUGUAAAAAUUCUAAAAAUAUAUUUCAAUUUAAUUAUUUUCGAAAUAUACUUAAUGAUUAUGAACUUGUAACAGUAAAUCAAAGUAUAAUUAGUGUUAUGCCUAUACAACCAGGAUUACAAUGUCCAGAAUCACCUUAUUCAUCUUGUCCCCAAGGAUGGAGAUUAAAAUUAGAAUAUGAUGCUUGUAUAUGCUACAGACCAGAUAGAAUUGAUGCCCAGUAUAAUUGGUGGGGUGAUACAUCAUCGUCAUCACCAUCAUCAUCAAGACCGUCACUGUCGUCUUCGGCUGAUAACAGUUUCCUAUCACUCCAAUAUACAAAAUCAAUGAAAGUAGAAAAUGAAGAAAAACUAGAUCAGAUCAUUUCACAAAUUUAUGCACAAAGUCGAAUUUAUGAUCAACAUGAUGAUAUCUAUCUAAUAUCAGUUGAUUAUACGAAUUCAUUUCGAGAUAAUAGUUCUAUUCUUGGUAAGGGAAUUUAUUGUCCACCUAAUUGGGAUUUUCAUGAAUUCAAUUGUUUCUUCUAUUUCGGUGCACCAAUGACAUAUCAAGAAGCUCAUGAUUUUUGUCUUUCUGAAGUUGGAGGAAUAUUAGCAACUUCACGAGACCGCAUCGACUGGUUAAGCAAAAAGUUAUCAGAAUGGCAGCAUAACUAUGACUGGAUAAAUCAGUAUACGUGGGUAACUCGAGCAUGGGUGUACAGUGAUGUUCAAUUUCCAGCGCAUUGUCCAGUUAUUCGAAAUGGAUGGCUAGAACCAUUUCCUUGCAAUAAGAAAGUUGGCUUCUUCUGUCAAAAAGCUCCAUACGUGUCUUACUCGGGUGUUCAGCGUGAUGUAGUCACAACUCUUAGCUUGCUCGGUGUUCUAAUGGCCCUUAGCAUCGUGACAUUGAUUGCUGGGUCGGUUGUGAAAUCUCGACGUCGCAAGUACCAGAAAGAACUCAUGGCACAAAGUCGUUCGGCGUGGCUGGUGCGGCAGUAUUCGAGGGAGGCGCAUGUGUCUGGCUCACAGGUAUCAUUGAAGCACAAUAUGACGAACGUUUUGGAAGGACGGGGCCUUGGUGCCGCUCAAAAUUUUCCAGAACGAGAUUAUUCAACUUCAAAUCAAUAUAACAGUUAUGAAGACAAUUUAAAUAUGAAAAUGACAAGAAGCAAUCAAGUGAACAAAAACAGCAGAGGUCAUUGCGCUCCUCACACUUCAAUGUACCAAUCGAUGGACCUAAAUGUCACAGGCAAUCUAUUGAAUGGUGAUAAUUUCAACUGCACACCGGAUUUAUUUAUCUUGGAGUCAGAUGAGAUGGAUUUUCAAAAGAAUUUCACAGAGUUAGCAGAAGGCAAGGUUUAAUUAUAUCCGCCACCACCAAUGACUCGACUGAAGAAUCUUCAAAUAAUGAACCGACCAAUCACAUAAUUCUCUAUGAAAGCCAUACAUGUAUGGUACUGAGCGUCGUUUCCCUCUCAUCAGGUAUCCUUAUCUUAGUCUAGAUGUUAAAUCAUUUGUCAAGUGAUAAUAUUACAAUCCUAUAAGAAAGAAUAAAGGUAUCCGUGUAUUUAAGUAUACUGAUUAUCAACAAAUUUGCCAGUCUCAACGUGGCCUCGCUAUGAUUUUAGACAAAGCAAUUAGAAGACGUAAUUCGUCUAAAAUGUGUAAUGUACUCGUGCAACACAUUUAGAACAAUCUGAUUGCACGCGGACUUGUGAUAGGGAUAUAUAUGAAAUUAAUCAAGAGGUAAGAUUGUUCGAGGUCAUAUAGGUUAACUUCUACCUGGGCAACUAUAUGAUUAGCUCAUGUAGGCGGAGUCUACUCUGGGUAACUAUCCUCUAUGAUGAAAAAAUGUGAAUCCUUUGAUCGACAGACCUUUUUCAAAUAUAACAUGCAACAAUUUUUCCUCAGUUCCUAAUUUUCUUCCGACCAAUCAGUGAAAGUUAUCAGUCUGUAAUAAUAUAAACACUUAAUUAAUAUCGAUUAUUACCAUAUGAACAAUGAAACUAAGUAUGAUUUAAAUAUGCACAUUGAUAGAAAGAUAAACGAAUGAACGUCAUAGUUGUCGCCGGUGUUUUGUGGAUUCUACCAGUUUUCCAAUAGUAUCGAGAUAACUAAAUUGAUCAAUGCAGGCGCGCGCAUUUCGUUCUAGGCAUGUGUAUAUAUACAUAUGUGCGUAUCCACCUAAAUGCAUAUAUUAACCUAUGUAAACGGAAGUUUGGAAAAGCAAAACGCUUUUUAUUAGUAGUAUAUUUCUUAUUGAUUGUAUUCACAGUGAAAACUGUUAUCUAUUUCAUUUCCUUAUUAUGACAUAGUUUAGUGAAUUAUUUAGAAAUGUGAUGCCUUUAAGCCGAUUAGAUAUGUGUGCAUAAUUUUAUUUAGUUGAAUAAAAUAGAUUAACCUUGAAUUAUUGAUUUUUACUAUGAAUUAGCCUUUUUUUCAUCUGUGUUUAUCUAACUUAACAUACCCAUGCAAAACUGGUUCAUUAAUGAACACCAUAUAUAUCCCUCUCUCCUCUCUAUUUCUUUGUCAAUGUGACAUUAGACAUUUUGAUCUUGGUUCUAGAUAGUUUAAUCUCUUGUCUACUUAUCGAUCUGUUUAACCUGACAGGAUGAGUCAUAAUCACAAUUUCUGUCAAUGUGACCCAUUGUUCAAAUUGUUUCAAGUU